AUGAUCCCGCCAUCUGCUAAAGGAGCGAAUGGCCUCUCGAGGGGCCCGGAGCAGAAGAAUGAGUGUAGAAUUUUCGACCUGCCCUGGGAGUUACGGUGUAAGGUGUACUCAUAUGUCUUCUCGGGGCCUCCUCGAAUCGUGAAACCUAUCAGGCAGGGCCAUAAACGAAGCGACAAAGAGCUGGCCUCACCGACGUUUGGCCGACAUAGGCGUACAAGCAUCAUGCUGGUCUCUCGCCGAUUCCACGAUGACGUAUCCCAGUAUCUCUACUCGUCGUAUACUUUCCGUAUAUUUCCUAUACAACAUCAACCGUCUAUCGUGCCGAACGUCUGCGACCUCGCGCCCCGAUACAAGAGUGCGGUGAGAGUUCUACGGCUCGUGCUGGGCUCGAGCUGGACUGAACCACCGGAAUCGUGGGUCGUGAAUGAGAAACUCGGACUCAAAUCUAUGGAGAGAGUGCAUACGUUGGAAAUACUGGUGCUGUGUGACCCGUCAAACCCGAUGUUUGAGCCGUUCCGUAUUUCCAAGGAUUUUUAUACCAAGUUUUCCUGUCGGCUUCUACAUGGGAUACUACAAGACUUACCAGAUUUGAGAUAUGUUGUGAUUGAUGGGUACUCGUCCAUUGAGAGGAAUGGCGGCCUGGUCAGUGGACUGGUUCAAGAAAUCCAGGCCACAAAGAAGAAGAUACGAUGGGCUGGCCCCUUCAAAUCUUUAAAUCCAUCCUCCCCUUGUUGA